AUGGUUGGAUUGAUGGAGAGAAUUAUCCUAGUACUUCCCCUAAAUUCAAAAUCUAAACUACCAAGUCCUUGGAAUAAACGAAGAGAUAAUAAACUUAUAUGUGAUUUCUAUAAAAAAAACACGCAAAUUUUAUUUUAUUUGAUUUUAGUUUGGGCCGUAUCGAUUGUCAAACGUCAAGUAGCCAGUGAUACGCAAAAUGAUGCAGAAUUAUGUAAAGGACGUUCACCAAGCGAAUAUUUCCGUUUGACACAAGAUGAAGACUGCAGAGAUGUAGUUAGAUGUUCUGUUCAGGGUCUUUUGGCUCUCCGUUGUCCAUCUGGCUUGUCUUUUGAUAUCGAAAAGCAAACAUGUGACUGGAAGGCCAACGUGAAGAACUGCGAACAAUUAGAGAAGCCUCGUCUAGCUACUCCUCUGUUGGCCACAGAUGAACCUGUUUGCGAAAAAGGAAAACUUGCCUGUGGUAACGGAGAAUGUAUAGAGAAGAGUCUCUUCUGUAAUGGAUCGCCAGACUGUCCCGACGGUUCGGACGAAAAUGCUUGCACUGUUGAUAAAGAUCCAAACCGGGCUCCACCAUGUGAUCAGAAUCAGUGUGUCUUACCCGAUUGUUUCUGUUCCCCCGAUGGUACCCAGAUUCCAGGCAAACUAGAACCUAAUACAGUUCCUCAGAUGGUAACUAUUACAUUUGACGAUGCCGUAAAUAACAACAAUAUCGAUGUGUAUGAAAAAAUCUUCCGCGAAGGCAGAAACAAUCCCAAUGGAUGUUCUAUCAAGGGUACUUUCUUCGUUUCCCAUAAAUAUACCAAUUAUUCAGCUGUGCAAGAAUUACAUCGUAAAGGACAUGAAAUUGCUGCACAUUCAAUUACGCAUCGUAGCGACGAAAAAUACUGGAGUGAAGCAACUGUAGAUGCUUGGGCAAAAGAAAUGGCGGGUGUUCGAUUGAUCAUCGAAAGAUUUGCAAAUAUCACAGAUAAUUCAAUCGUUGGUGUUCGAGCACCUUAUCUGAGAGUUGGAGGCAAUAAUCAAUUCUCUAUGAUGGAAGAGCAAGCUUUCUUAUAUGAUUCCACCAUUACAGCUCCAUUAAGUAACCCUCCCUUGUGGCCCUACACAUUAUAUUUCCGCAUGCCACACAAAUGUCACGGUAACGGACAAAAUUGCCCCAGCAGAUCUCACGCUGUUUGGGAACUAGUUAUGAAUGAAUUGGACCGUAGAGAUGAUCCUAAUUUCGAUGAAGAGCUCGCAGGUUGUGCUAUGGUAGACAGUUGCAGUAACAUUAUUUCCGGAGAACAAUUCUAUAAUUUCCUCAAUCAUAAUCUCGAUCGUCAUUACAAAACCAAUCGUGCUCCCUUAGGUCUCUUCUUCCACGCUGGGUGGUUAAAACUUAACCCAGAAUAUUUAGAUGCUCUCAUCCAAUGGGUCGAUGAAGUCCUGGAUAAAAAUGAUAUCUACUUCGUUACCAUGACACAAGUGUUGCAAUGGAUGCAACAGCCCACAGAAUUGUCCUCUAUCCGUGAUUUCGCAUCCUGGAAAGAAAAAUGUGACGUUAAGGGACAACCAUAUUGUAGUUUACCUAAUGCUUGCCCAUUGACCACCCGAGAAUUGCCAGGAGAAACCAUCAGACUUCAUACAUGUUUAGAAUGUCCACAGAAUUAUCCCUGGUUGGAAGAUCCCACAGGUGAUUACUUCGCUUUCAAGAAAUAAACUUUGAAAGAGCAGCCAUCUAACUUAUCUCCUAAACUGGUGGUUGUGUUUUAAUAACUGUUCUUAAAAAUAUUCCUAAAAAAAUACGGCAUGUUAAAGCCGGAAAGACAGAUAUCAGAGUUAUCCACAAGUUAAUAUAUCCAUCCCGAUUUUUUUUAAUUUUAAAUUCUGCUUUAAACAAUUCAUACAAAUUUCUGCUGGAGUAUUAUUGUACCUUGUAUAUUUGCCGCUUCACUGAUAAGACUUUUCUAUUCAAAAUAAAUAAAUAAAUAAAUAGCGGCUAAAGUAAAAAUCGUGUGUAAAAAAAGCAAAAACGUGAAGUUAAAUUCUGUAAUAUAAUUUUUUGUUUUAUUGUAUUGUGUCGUCUGAAUGUGAUGCACGAUUCAUGUGCAGCAUUUUAAAGUGGCAUAACAUCUAAGCCAAUAUGGAAGUGUUCCAUUCAUUCUAGUAAUAAAGUUACAAAAAAUUUU